AUGCCAUUACUACAUCCUUCCUCAACACAUUGUUAUAGUUUAAAAUUACCAGAAUUACCAGCGCAUGCAAGACAUUUCGAUGAAGUGGCGAAGAGAAGAUUGACUUUAGAUUGUCGUACUGGUGCUGCCUCUACGAUAGCUAGAUCAGAUUUAUUCGUUCAUGGUGGUUUAACCAUGGCAUUGAAUUUAGAGCGAGUGGAUACUGUAAAUUUACAACAAGAAAUUAUGAUGUAUUUUGCUAAAGAGAAAACUUGUGGGAAAUUAUUUAAAAAUUUAUCAGAAUGGGUAUCUCCUGAACUUUUUGCUUUAGAUUUGAUAUCAAGGUCAUGGACAAGAAUAAAAACCGUGGUCGAAGGCAAUAGUAAUGAUGAUCUAUAUUCUACAAAAUCAUAUACAAACGAUCCAAGUUCGAAAGCAAUAACUCCAAAAUAUCCACAGCUAAAAUCAAGAUUGUUUCAUUCUAUGUGUUAUACAAAUUCUUCAUUAUAUAUGUUUGGUGGACUAAUUGUCUCUCCAGAAAGUGAAUACGAACUAAUAGCUACAAAUUCAUUAUGGAAAUUAGAUUUAAAAACGAAAGUAUGGUCAUUAAUAAGCGAAGAUCCUCGUAUUACAAGAAGAUUUAACCACUCUGUCCAUGUUAAGAAUGAAAAUGAUGAAACUAGAGACACUAAAAUUGUAAUUGUUGGUGGUUUAAAUAAUAUGGAUGAACCAAUUUCUACAAUCGAUAUUUUUAAUAUUACAAAACACUGUUGGGAGUUUGAACUAAAUCCAAAUGUUAAAGAUCAUAUGAAAACAAAUAUAGAUGGUAACGAUGUAUCCUUAACCAAUAAUACAAGUUUUUCAAUUUUAGUAGAAAAUAAUGAAGCAAAUAUCCCAGCUUUGGCAUUUUAUUAUCCACAGAAUAUUUUUUCAGAUAGUGCAAAUAAUCGUCUUGAUCCAUUCGAUCCUGAAAAUUCUCAUAAAAGAAUCAACAAUACAGAAAAUCAAUUAUCUCCCUAUGUCGCACUGCCUUUAUUACCUGAUUCACAUGGUAUGAGAAUGGAUACAGCUUCAGUUCAAAACCAAGAACUUCUAAGAGUGCCGUUUAACUUAUCACACCCAACUGGUGAUUAUUAUGGUUAUAAUAUCAUUUGUGCAGGCUUUUACCCAGAUUGCAAACCUUAUAACUUCCAUUGUUAUGCUUACGAUAUACAUACGGGGAAAUGGACAAGGAUUAAUGCAUACUGUAACCAUAGGGGAAUGGAAAAUCACACACAUAGAUACUGGAAAGUAUUCUUGUGGAAAUCCCACCAUCAGUCUAUCUUUAUGGGUACUAAUGAUCCCGAGGACAAUUUACCUUCGGUUCAAAAAUUCGACUCGCUCUUAAUAAUAAAUUUGCCAAUGAUUAAUCUCUAUAGUAAACUUGGUUCAGGUAGUAGGUAUUCAACCAUGUCAUUACCCGCUUCAUCUCCAAUUGGGUUAAACGCAAAUGACUAUUCAUUACAUUCUAUCACCUCGGAUAAAUUGAAUUCUUUUAGAAAGCCAAGUUAUGCUUCAACAGCUACUUCACAAUUCGAAAGCUAUAUACGAUAUAUUGCACCUCCAGUGGAAUUCAAAGCUAUACCAUCUGCAUUCCAACCAUAUGCAAAGGUACUUGGUAAAGAUGCUAUGGAGAUAUUCGGCUCAUCCUUAUCGGACUUUGAAUUUAUUACUGAUGAUGGUGAAUCUAUUAGUGUGCCAAUAUAUCUUUUAAGAAAAAGGUGGGGGCGUUAUUUCGAUAUGCUAUUAUCCAAGAGUUAUACCGAAGUGCUUGCUGAAUAUGAGAAUGCUGGGACUCAAUCUUCUAUAAUUAAGUAUUCUCCCAAAAACUCACCUUAUUAUCCGAAAAAUGACAGAAGAAAUUCAGAUGUUUCAUUUACAGCGCCUUUAGAUGAUCCAUCUAAUAAAGGAAAAUCGCCCAUGACGCCAAGUUCUAUGUUUCAAAAGAAUUUGGAUCUGAAACCAAGAAGAUCUGUCAGUAGUAUGGGCUCUGGAGAACAUCCUUUAUCCCAUGUUGUUGGAGGGUCAUUUAUUUCAAAUCUCUGUAAUACUGAUGAUGACGUAGAUGAUCCUGUAUCUUCAAUUAGGUCAUUGCUUAAAAAGAAACAUUAUGAAAAUAUUAAUGUGAAGAGCCUUUCGAAACUUGAAUUGUCAUCCACUACAAGCUCAACAAGUGGACUGGUAUUUAGGGUACCAUUUGGCGAACAAAGCCAAGUUCCUAAAAGAAAUCAGUCUAUUCAAUCCAUACAAUCUUUCCAAUCAAACAAUUCAAAUCAAUCUGCCCACUCUAGCCAAUCUUCAGAAAAGGGUAAUAUAUCAGCAAACAUAAAAAGAAGAUCAUCAUUGGCUGUAUCUUCAAAUAUGGACUUACUUAAAUCAAAAAAGCUAGAUAUACCACGGCGUUUGUCUCAUCCAAAUCCUUUAUUUAUAUCACAAGACAAUUCAGUGAAUUUUAGGAAUAUCACAAAUUCGCAUAGUUCAAGAAAUCCAUCAAUCGCCUCACAAGGAAGCUCUAUAUCAUUUGUAAGUUCAAGUUCUGAUAGAAUGGGUAAUAACAUGCAUGCAAGUAUGGGAAAUAUAACGGACUCUCCUUCUUUGGGUGUUUUGAGUAUCCCACUUCCACCACAGCUAGAUGCUCCAAAUAUGGCAUUACCUCAUUUCCCUAUCUAUCCAAACACUUUUAUAUCUAGAAGAAAUGAUUCAAUUGCUGAUAAUUAUUUCUCAGCUGCAAGCAGUCCAGGCAUUUCUACUAGUCCACCUAAUUUUCAUCGUUUAAGUUCUCCAGAUAUACCUUUCCCACUUGUGGAUAGCAUUCCAAAAUCAUUAGAUAACCAGCUAAUGCAAGAUAAAAGUUUAAAUCCUAACUUACAAGUUGAUAUUACAAGGCCACAGUUCAAGUCUGCAUUCAUGAAAGCAACCUAUAGUAGAUCUAGAGGUAGUAGUAUUUCAAAUCCUCAAUUAGAAGCUAGAUCACCUUCUAUCACUCUGAGUAUUGCAAGUACUGGAAGUGCUAUAUCAAAUAACGUUCCAGAACUUGAACCAUUAUUGACGCCAAGAAGUCUUUAUAUGCCCUGGUCAAGUGCAACUGUUAGAGCAUUAACAGAAUUUUUUUAUACUGGGCAAGACAAUCCAAAAUGGCCACUGAUUCCCGUUGUCCUAAACUUAUUUGUAUUAUCAAAAUUUUAUGAGAUCCCUUUACUUAAUAAUAUGAUAUCAGAAUUGCUAUAUACAGUGGUUGAUAGAAAGGAAGAAAGUUUAUUCGAUAUGUGCAAUAUAUUACUCCAAGUUAUACGAACUUCGACAUUAGAAAAUAGCUCCAACGAUUCUGAGAAAGCCAAAAAUAAUUUGGAGAAUAAUGAAAACUAUAACGGUCUACUUAAACUGAAAGAAGCAUUAGAAAACAUUGAUACUGGAUUUUAUGAUAUCGGACUUGUUAACAGGAUGUCAAGUAUAUUUUCGUGUUCCACUAAUGAUAGCAGCGAUGCUGACUGCAAUAGAAGAAAUUCAAGUAUUGGCUCCUUUCCAAAUGUAGCUCAACCUUUAUUCAAAGGUGGUCCUAGGGAUAGUUUUAACUCAAUUGGAUCGAUUGUCCUUCCACCAAACAUUCCUCCUCACGGACAAAGGUUGUCGAAUUUUGGGUUAAAUGGAAGUAAAGUUAAAAAGUCAUCAAUAUUACAGAAUGAAAUUAAUGAUCAUACGUUAGAGGAAUCAGAAAAUGACUUAAAUCAAGAAAGCACAAUUACAGAUAUUGAAGCUAGUAUGAAAGAAGUAACUUUAGAUGAAAUAUCUGAGAUGAAUAGUCAUAGUAACUCUCAAGAUAAAAAGACUUUUGAUAAAAAGCCUGAAAAUAUUGAGAAGCUAGAUCUUGAGGAUGGAACAGAAAAUAGCAGCGAUAGUAGUAGCUCUUCUCUAUCCGACUUAGAUGUUUUCGAUUCUGAAUUAGGUGUUUUGUCUGCCUCUAAAAUGAGCAAAAAGAUUAGUGAAAGAGAAAAUGAAGAAUCCAUCGACCCAUUGCUAGGUUUGUGUCAAGUUCCAUCAUCUAAUAGUCCCAGUAGGAAUAUCAAUAAUGAUCAUCAGAAGAAUCUUUCGAACUCUGCAUCAGUACUAAAUAUACCGAAGGAUAAUUGUUCUAAAUAUGAUUCUCCUACAAUCGAAGAUUUGUUAUCUCCUAAUGCUUUACCUCCAGUUGAUUACGUCAUGAAAUCCAUUUAUAGAACAUCUGUUUUAACGAAUGAUAUACAGUUAAUGGCAAGAUCAUUAAAUUGUGUGAAUAUAUCUAGAAAACUAAAAAAGAUUAGGAAAAACUUAAAUGCUUCUAAUUUAAAUUUGCUGAACAUCAAGAAAGAUGAAGAAGGUUUAAAAAAUCUCGGCUCUUUUUGGAGUAAUAAAACUUUCCAACAAAGAUCAAAUAGUAGUCUGGGAAGCAAUGUUGCCAAUUCCUCAAAACCGAAAUCCGUUUCACCUAGAUCGUCAAAUAUUAAUUUUAGUAUGACGCCUAGUAUACCAAAUGGCGAUGGAAGAGCUUCAAGCCUAAGUAUCAAGCAAACUCAAGUACCAAUCUCGCCAAGAACAUCGGUUGCGGAUAUUUAUAAUGCUAACUCCACGGGAAUCCCACUUAAGAAGUUUCCAACUAAUCCCGUUAGUAAUUUAAAAAGAUACAAUUAUCAAUCAAGUACAGUAACUACAACACCACCACAAGCACAAUCGUCAUCAUCAAAGCAACAACAGCAAUCUCUUUCAAAUAAUAAGACACAUGUUGGAGUUAUAGAUGGUGAUGUUCCAAUAUCAAAAGUCCAAUCGGAACAAUUACCACAAUCAUACUCUGCUGGAAAGGGUAAGGUUGACCAUUUAUCUACUGGCGGUGGUUCUUUUUCUUUUUUUGGUAUAAAGAAGUGA